AUGUCGCAUCGCAAGUUUUCGGCGCCGCGACACGGUUCGAUGGGCUUCGUGCCCAAGAAGAGGUCAAGGACUCACCGAGGCCGUGCCAAGGCUUUCCCGAAGGAUGAUCCUUCCAAGCCCGUGCAUCUUACCGCCUUCCUCGGAUUCAAGGCUGGCAUGACCCACAUCGUCCGCGACGUUGACAAGCCCGGAUCCAAGGUCAACAAGAAGGAGGUCGUUGAAGCUGUCACCAUCAUCGAGACCCCGCCCCUCGUCGUCGUUGGAGUCGUCGGCUACAUCGACACGCCCUUCGGACCCCGCGCCUUCAAGAGCGUGUUCGCUGAGCAUCUGUCCGAAGAUUGCCGUCGCCGCUUCUACAAGAACUGGUACAAAUCCAAGAAGAAGGCCUUCCAAAAGUACGCCAAGAAGUGGCAAGAUGAGGAUGGAAAGAAGUCUAUCGAGUCGGACCUCAACAAAAUGAAGAAGUACUGCUCUUCGAUCCGCGUCAUUGCCCAUACUCAGCAAAAGCUGCUCAAGAAGCGCGACAAGAAGGCCCACAUCCUUGAAAUCCAAGUCAACGGAGGCACCAUUGAGGAUAAGGUCAACUGGGCCCGUGAUCAUCUUGAGAAGCAAGUACCGAUCGACAGCGUCUUCAACCAGGAUGAACUGAUCGACACCAUCGGUGUGACGAAGGGACACGGAUUCAAGGGAGUCACCAGCAGAUGGCACACCAAGAAGCUGCCGCGCAAGACACACAAGGGUCUUCGCAAGGUUGCUUGCAUUGGAGCAUGGCAUCCUUCCCGCGUCCAGUUCACCGUCGCUCGUGCUGGACAGAAGGGAUACCACCAUCGCACGGAGACGAACAAGAAGAUCUACCGUAUUGGCCGCUCGGCUCUGAAGACCGAGGGCAAGAAGAACGGAGCCACCGAGUUCGAUCUGACUGAGAAGACCAUCAACCCACUGGGUGGUUUCCCUCAUUACGGUAUCGUCAACCAAGACUUCAUCAUGAUCCGUGGUUGCUGCCUGGGAACCAAGAAGCGCCCGAUCACCCUCCGCAAGUCUCUCAUCGCCCACACGAAGCGAUUCGCCUUCGAGAAGAUCAACCUCAAAUGGAUCGACACAUCUUCCAAGUUCGGACACGGACGUUUCCAAACCGCCGCCGAGAAGAAGUCUUUCAUGGGCAAGCUCAAGAAAGAUUUCCUCGCAGAGCAAGAAGUCGCCAAAGCC